AUGCUUCCCAAAAACGAAGAAUUGUUUGAUCCGAAGAACUACAGACCUAUCACAUGCCUCCCAUCUGCAUACAAAAUUCUGACGUCAACAAUAGGAUUCAAAGUAAUGACACAUCUAAAAGACAAAAAACUACUAGCUUGGGAACAAAAUGGCUGCAACAAAAAAGGUAGAGGAGCUAAAGAACUUCUGGUGAUUGAUAACACGAUCACUAAACAAGCAAAAAAAAAACUGAAAAACGUAUCCAUGGCUUGGAUAGACUACCAAAAGGCGUUUGACUCCAUCCCACAUUCCUGGCUGUUAGAGGUGCUCCAUAUAUACAAAGUUAACCAACAAGUGAUUCAACUCCUGAAAUGUCUAAUGUCAACCUGGCGCACAACGCUGACAGUCAGACACAAAACAAUAUCCUAUCAAACAGAGAUGAUCAAGAUAACCAGAGGAAUUUUCCAGGGUGACGGCUUCAGCAGCCCGUGGUUCUGUGUGGCCUUGAACCCACUAAGCAGUAUGAUCAAUAGAUCAGCGUACGGAUACGCGAUAGACCAACACACCACACUCUCGCAUCUGUUUUAUGUGGAUGACUUGAAGCUCUACGCUAGAGGUCGCAAGCAAUUAGAAGGACAAUUAGAACUGGUAAGGAAGUUCAGUGGAGAUGUUGGAAUUCCAUUGGGGCUAGAGAAAUGUGCAACCGUUGAAAUAAAAAGAGGGAAACUGGAACGACAGCAAAACAUCCAACUAGUAGAUGGUCGAGAAAUAAAAAGCCUGGCAAUUGAAGAAAGCUACAAAUAUCUAGGCAUCCAUCAAACCUACGAAAUAAAGCAGCAAGAGAACAAACGGAACGCUGAAAAUGAACUCACCAGAAGGAUGCGAAAGUUGCUUGGAACGGAGCUGUCAGCGAAAAACAUAAUAACAGUAAUCAACAUGUGGGCAAUACCAGCGUUCACUUACUCUGCAGGUGUCUUGACAUGGUCAAAAACAGACCUAGAAAAAAUAGACAGAAAAAUUCGGACAACUCUGACCCAACACGGCCUACUUCACCCGAACUCUGCUGUAGAGAGAAUAUACUUACCACGAAGAGAAGGAGGACGAGGUCUAAGUAAUCUGAAGGAAGCCUGCCGAAAAGAAGAGGAAAAUAUUAGAGACUUCUUUCUAAAAAAAAAUCACCCAAUACACCAAUGGGUCGCUACUCACCUCCGAACAUCCAACACUGCUGAAAGAUCACUCAUAGAAGAACCUGAAAGACAAAACAAGUUAGAAGAACUGAAACAGAGCUGGAAAUCUAAAUCAUUACACGGUAGAUUCUAUGCUAGCCUACAACAAGAAGAAGUGGACAAAACAAAAACUCAUACUUACCUCAUGCAAGGAUACCUGUACCCUCAAACUGAGGGAACACUAAUGGCUAUACAGGACCAGGUUAUACCAACUAGGACAUACGUUAAGCACAUCAUGCAACAGCAGAUAGAGUCCACUAAAUGCCGACUGUGCAACAAUGCUGAAAAGACAAUCCAGCACCUAUCGUCAGGGUGCUCUCAGAUCGCUGGAACGAAAUACCUGGCCCGGCAUAACGAGAUGGGGAAAGUAGUCCACCAGCUGAUAUGCCUUCAAGAAGGACUCCUCCGAUGCUUCACCCCACAUCAUUUGUAUACUCCACAAGCGCUACUAGAAAAUGAUAACAUCAAGAUUUACUGGGACCUAACUAUAGUCACUGACCGAGGAGUGGAGCACAAUAGGCCUGAUAUGGUGGUGUGGAACAAAACCGAAACAACUGCUCUGAUAAUUGAUUUUGCCGUGCCUCUAGACAAUAACAUAGCGAAAGCAUAUGGCGAAAAAAUGACGAAAUACGAAAGCCUUGCACGGCAAAUGAGAGACAUGUGGAAACUAAGAUCUGUCAGAAUAAUACCACUAAUCAUAACCGCCAAUGGACUGGUUCACCGGAAGACUGCUGCACACAUCGAAGAACUGAAGCUGCCAUAA